AUGAGUGCUCCUGCACCAGCGCCUGUUUAUAAAAUAGGAAUAGUGAAGCAGGUUUUAUCUGGAGACACGAUCGUAAUUAGAAAGCAGCCGCAAGGUGGUCCACCCCCUGAGAAGGUGAUCGCACUUUCGGGUAUCACCGCUCCGAAACUAGCUCGACAAAAAACUGCCAACAAUGACACUGAAACAAAAGAUGAGCCUUUUGCUUGGGAAGCUCGUGAGUUUCUUAGAAAAAAGUUAGUAGGCAAAGAAGUUAUCUUUACUGCAGAAAAACCUCCAAACUCUGCAACAAGGGAAUAUGGAUCAGUGUGGGCUGGCAAAGACCCCACUAAAGAUGAGAACAUGACUGAAGCUCUCCUUGCUGAGGGUCUAGCAAAAGUUAGAGAAGGUGGCAGAAAUAUACCACAACUAAAAAGACUUGUGGAAAUUGAAGAUAUUGCAAGAUCUCAAGGAAAGGGUAUUUGGGGUACCGACCUUCAGGAACAUGUAAGAGAUAUUAAAUGGAAUAUUGAAAACCCAAAGCAGUUUGUUAACAAAUUCAAUGGUCAGCCUGUAAAAGCAAUUGUGGAAUAUGUUCGUGACGGAUCUACAGUUAGACUUUGUCUACUACCUGACUUCUACACUAUCAUCAUGAUGCUCUCUGGAAUACGAUGCCCUGCAGUUAAACAAGAUGGGGAAUCAGAGCCAUAUGCUGAAGAGGCACGUUUCUUUGUUGAGUCAAGACUGCUCCAGAAGGAUGUCGAGGUUAUUUUGGAAUCAGUGAAUAACGUAUAUUUUGUGGGUACUAUCUUACAUCCCCAAGGGAACAUUGCUGAGGCAUUACUAAGGCAGGGUUUUGCUAGAUGUGUUGAUUGGUCACUAGCAGUCAUGAAAUCUGGAUCUUCGUCUCUGAGAAAUGCAGAGAAAGCUGCAAAAGAGGCUAAACUACGUAUCUGGACAAACUAUAUAAGUAAUGCACCUGUUAUUGCGGCUAAGGAUAAAGAAUUUACUGCAACUGUAAUAGAAGUUAUUAAUGGAGAUGCCCUUGUUGUUAAGCUGCCCAAUAAUACACAAAAGAAAAUAUUUUUGGCAAGCAUUAGACCACCUCGUGAAAAGAACAGCCCAGAUGAGGAAGGAAAACAAUCACCGAGGCCAAAAGGCUUUAAGCCUUUAUAUGAUAUACCAUGGAUGUAUGAAGCACGUGAGUUUCUCAGGAAAAAACUUAUUGGAAAAAAAGUUAAUGUGACUGUUGAUUACAUCCAACCUGCUAAGGAUAAUUUUCCUGAGAAGACUUGUUGUACUGUCAUGGCUGGUUCAACCAACAUCGCCGAAGCUUUGGUAAGUAAAGGAUUUGCGAGUGUCGUAAGAUACAGGAAUGACAAUGACCAGAGAAGCUCACAUUAUGAUAAGUUAUUGGAAGCGGAAUUGAAAGCUCAAAAGGCACUCAUUGGUAUAUAUGCCAAGAAAGAUAUUCCAACUCAUCGUAUACAGGAUACUAGUGGAGAUCCUGCUAAAGCAAGAAAAUUCUUCCCGUUUCUAAAGAGGGCUCAAAAAACAGAGGCAAUGGUAGAAUUUGUAACCAGCGGUUCACGAAUGAGGUUAUACAUUCCCAAAGAGUCGGUUCUUGUGACUUUCUUGCUUGCGGGUAUUAACUGUCCCCGAGGUGCGCGUCCGACCGCCGGUGGAGGACCUAUGCAAGAUGCAGAACCUUAUGGUGAAGAGGCUCUACAAUUCACAAAAGAAAAAUGCCUUCAACGUGAUGUGGUUGUAACUAUUGAAGAAAUGGACAAAGCUGGAAGCUUCAUUGGCUGGCUUUGGGUUGAAAAUGAGAACUUGUCUGUUUCGUUAGUUGAGCAUGGACUUGCCUCUAUGCAUCAUACCGCUGAAACAUCUGAAUUUGCGCGAGCCAUUAAAUCAGGCGAGGAGAAUGCGAAAAAGAAACGUAUUGGAAUUUGGAAAGAUUAUGUUGAAAUAGAAAAAGAAAGUGAAAAGGAAAGAAAUGCACCAGUUCAAGAUCGUAUAUUGAAAUAUGAAAAAGUGGUUAUUACGGAAGUUACUCCAGAGGGUAGUUUCUAUGCUCAGAAUAUUGAAUUGGGAUCCAAAUUAGAAGCAUUAAUGGAAAAAAUCCAUCUUGAAUUUAAGUCAAAUGCCCCACUGCCAGGAUCCUAUGUACCAAGAAGAGGAAAUAUCUGUGCUGCACGCUUUACACUGGAUGACCAAUGGUACAGAGCAAAGGUGGAAAAAAUUACAGAUGACAAAAAAGCCCACAUCUUCUACAUUGACUAUGGAAACAGAGAGGUUGUUAGUUACACACGUCUGGCUGUUCUACCCCCGGGCUCAGAAAUUGACCCGCCAUAUGCAACUGAGUACGUGCUUAGCUGCGUCAGAUUUCCGUCGGAUCCUGAUGACCGCUUAGAAGCAGUGCGAGCUUUCUCUAUGGACACGCUCAACAAGAAGCUACUUCUGAAUGUGGAGUCACGCGGCUCUCCACCAGCUGUCACACUUGUUGACAUGAAUACUAAUGUCGACAUUGGCAAGAACCUAAUCAAAGAGGGUCUGGUGCUGAUGGAGAACACUCGCGAGCAGCGGCUCGCCGGACUGGUGAGCGAGUACCGCGCGGCGCAGGAGCACGCCAAGAGCUCGCGGCUGAACCUGUGGCGGCAUGGCGACAUCACCGAGGACGACGCGGUCGAGUUCGGCGCGCGUCGCUAG